AUGGGGCGAUCAAGCCUGGAGGAACUCUCUGCCCCGCCAUGGUUGACGCUCCUGCUCGGCCUUGCAGCCGCAGCCGGCAUGCUUCAAGUUCGCGGUCAGCGCGCCCCUAGCGUCGAAGGUUUCAUAAGCAUCGACUGUGGCCUGGACGAGAAGACCAGCUACGUGGACGUCAUCCAGAUACCGUACACUUCGGACGCCGGCUUCACAGACGCCGGCUCCAACCACAACACCUCCGCCAAGUACUGGACCACGCGCAUGUCCCAAACCCACCGCAACGUCCGCAGCUUCCCCGACACGGUCCGCAGCUGCUACACCCUGCCGUCCCUCGUUCCGGGGUCCAAAUACCUGGUCCGUGCCACGUUCAGGUACGGCGACUACGACGGACUCGACAGCCUCCCUGUCUUCGACCUCUACCUCGGCGUUAACUUCUGGCAGACCGUGAACGUCACUGAAGUCGACAUGGCGGAGAUCGCCGAGGUGAUCGCCGUGAUCCCGGACGACUCGGUGCAGGUUUGCCUGGUGAAUGUCGGCUCCGGGACGCCGUUUAUCUCGGCGCUGGUGCUGAGGCCUCUCGAGAACUCGCUGUAUCCGCCAGCGAACGCGACCCAGGGCCUAGUCCUGAUCGACAGAUACAGCUUCGGCGACACGGGAAAAGUACCUAUUAGGUGA